CAACCAUUAGUUCCGCGGCUUCUGAGAAGACCCCAUUUGUUUGAAGGUCACUCCAGUUGUCGCAUUUCGGUUCGGCAAGUCGGCUAGCUAGCUAGACUAGUGAGUGUGACCUGUGCCAACCUGUAAUACGAGAUACGACCUAAUGAAACGAGAAGCCCGCUGUUGCGGAAGCUGAAGUAGCCCCGAACUAUCCCAGGAAAUGCAGUAGGAUACUUUGCUGCUGACUGCGCUGGCUGCUGUUGGAAAGAACGACGCUUGGGGUCACAAAACUUUGAAACUCUGGACUAUCUCCGACUGCUACUCAACUAAACUCAUUCACCGUUGCUUUAUCUAUCUUUCUUUCUCUCGUUCUCUCUUUCUUGAAUUGUCAAAGAUGGUGGCAAACCCAGCGGACAAGACGGUGUUUGAAUGGAACAUGGAGGGGGUUGCUUGCCUGCAAAGAGGCCAGUACAGUGACGCCAUUGCCAACUUCCGAACCGCCAUGGCUGGACUUCGCAUGGUCGCCCAAGAUGCCGGUGGCUUUCGCUUGCAUGGUCGCACAGGGUAUGGAAGCCAAGCAAACAACCCAUUCCCUGAGGAUGUCUCGAUUGUCUCUGUGUCGGUUGUGAGAGAAGAUGUGGAGGCUUAUGAGACAGUGCAGAAUGAUCUGGACACUACUCUGAUCCGCAUGUUUGGAAAUGCGUUUACCACUGUCUUUACCAACUACCAGGGAGUGCGAGGAAUGCAGCUCACAAUCUCGUUUGUGCUGUACAACCUGGCCGUUUGCGUUCACCAUCGAGAACUCUCCAAGGUAACCCAAGGCGAAGCCAUGAACCCAGAGAACCUGCGCAAGGCGCUCCACCUUUACACCCGGUCCCUCCGUGCCAUUUCCGCAGCACUGGGUGAUGGCAGGAUGGAAGAUGUCAUCGUUCUUCUCAUGGCCAUCUACAACAACAUGGGAAACUUGUACAGCUACUUUGGUAGCCCCGAUGACCUCAAGUUGUGCCUCUUAUGGAUCCGCUCGUUGCUGGCUACUUAUCAGCAAUACGUGCAACCCCAACGCCACACUCUUGCUUCCGACGUUCCCUUCUUCCAGCUCAAUGUCGUCUCCGUACCGGACACUGUCUUUCACAAAGCCGCUGCUGCGUGAGAGCUCCGGCCAGUCAAACAUCCCGCGUCAGUCUAUUCCGAGGUAUGUCACUCUUGACUGAUGAUGACCAUGGCAAACCUUCUUUCCAUGUAUACCUAUACAUAUACGAAAUGUAUCGGUAUCUUAUCUUCUGGGAUACUACACGGAUACAAUCAGUUUUACAUAGAACAAACCAUUUUCCUUUU